ACCUAUGCGGUAAUAUGUAAAUCGACGUUUUUCUUCUGCAUGUAAUAACGCAGCAAAGUUACUCCUUCACCAUCACCUCAAAAAUUUCUGCCUCCAAUGUCGUCUUCAGCACAGACAUCGAGCACUGAGGUCACCACGACGACUUCGGCAUCGAGCACGUCCUCUGUAACCACUUCCUCUUCCACGUCGCCGAGUUCGACAGAGAGCAGCAGCCGUAGCAGUAGUUCCACGAGCAGCAGUACCAGCAGCACCAGUAGCACCAACAGUCCCACACCCACGGGUACAACUUCGUCCGGCAGCGGCACCACCCCAGGGACUGACACGAGUUCAUCUGAUACCGCGACCGCGGGACACGCCUCUGCUACUCAGACUAGCAGUAAUACCAGUUCAGGACAAAGUAGUGGGCAAAGCACCCAGCACCAAACGUCUGCUAUCGCCACGACAAUAGUCGUUACCCUGUCAAACGGAGAGCAGGUGACAUCUACGUCCACUAUAGCCGUAGCCUCUGCAUCCUCGUCUUCAUCCUCUUCAUCGUCAUCGUCAUCAUCAAAUACAGGUGCCAUAGUAGGUGGUACCGUAGGUGGUGUAGCCGGUCUCGCCCUCAUCCUCGUUGUCGUCUGGUUCUUCUACAAACGUCACCAAAAGAAGCGUUUCGAUGAUCUCUUUGAUGGAAACUUCGACCCCGACCGAGUGGCGCGGCCCCCGGACGUUGGUGUCAACGUGGAUCAGGAUGACGGUAUGGGUGGGCGGCUUGGGGGGACGGACAUCGGUGCUGGGGUGGUUUCGCCAUUCCCUAUGAGCGCGAGCACCGACAAUAGCCAUGGAAGCUCAGGACAGAGCUAUGGGAACUAUUACAAUGCCUUGCCUGCAUCCCCGCCACCGAUGGCGCAGUAUUCAGCGGAACCACACCCUACGCUGUAUAAUCCAUAUUCCACGCCAAUACCACAGUCUUUGAUACCCGGUGUUCAGCCCCAGUCCCAGCUGCAACCUCAACCACAGGUUCAGGCUCCUCCGUCAGCUCCGUCUUCGAGCGGCGUGGGUGGAAUGUCGGCUAAAGAGCGUGAGGCGAGGCAACACAUGGGCGUCGUUAAUCCGGACGAUCGUUACGCGAGCGGCUCAGGCGAUGUCAUCCAGCACCAGGAUGCUGGUCCGAGUGAAAUUCCGCCGGCAUAUGAUAGCCUGUUACCGGGACCUUCUGUCACGGCUGCGUCGUCAAGUGGUCAGUAGUUGAAAGAUGAGAGGAAGAGUUAUGUUUGUGUGUUUCUUGAUUCUCCCCACUAGAUAUACCAUCCUAGUGUCAGUACUUAUCCCUCUAUGUAUUCAGAUGCUCUGGAAGUUGUUCUCUGUAUUAAUACCUUGUCUGACUGGGUCGAGUGUCAGUAACUUACGGCUAUGAGUGUUCCCAUAAUGCGGUGUUUAGCAUGUACAAUUUGAAUAUCUAUGUAAAAUUCUCUUCUCGGAGCUCAUUGUGCUCUGACCUUGACGAAGAUGUGCACUGUCUGGAAAGAUCAGCAAGAACCUCAUGAGUUACCAGCUAUCGU